AUGGGUCAGUUCAAGGUCAUCGUGGUCGGCGCAGGACCAGUCGGUCUGAUCCUCGCGAUCGCACUGCAGAAAUCCGGCAUCGAUUUCGUCGUCGUCGAGCAGCGCAAACAUGCAGCGCCCCCAACCGCCUUCGGCAUCUUCCUGUGGCCGCAUAUUCUGCGGAUAUUCCAUCAGCUGGGCCUGUAUGAGGAUAUGCAGAGCAUUGGGCUGGUGAUGACAGAGUUAUUGAACAGGUCUUCAACAGGAGAGCAGCUUGAAAUCUCCAACGGCUUCGAGUUGCUCGAGUUUGCUCACGGAUAUCCGACCAUGUUGUUUGAUCGAAAGAGUUUUGCCGAGGUGCUCCUUAAGCAUUUGAAGGGAAGCGAUCAGCUCGUGAAGACCAGCAAGAGAGUCACCAACAUCAGCACUCGCAAGGACGGAGUUACCGUCGACUUCGCGGAUGGCACCUCGGAGGACGGGUCAAUCGUUGUUGGAGCCGAUGGCGUAUGGAGCACCGUCCGGGAUUUCAUGCGCGAAAAGGCGCCCCCUGGCCUUUUCAGCGAAGACUCGAACCCCUUCAGCGCCCCUUACCAGGGUCUGUUCUUCCGCGUGCCUCGCCCCGAGUCUCUGAAGCCUGGCCAGACGGUGUAUGUCCACCAACCGCACAGGCAGUUGAUGGCCCUCGUGACUGAUACCGAGGCUCAUAUGACCACAUAUGAGAGGAUUCCUAAUGUGAGCGAGCGCACCAACUUUUCGCCGAAUAACGUCAGUGAUGAGGAUAUCAAAUACUGGUUCGAUGUCCCCGUCAAUGAGCAGGUCACGUUCAAAGACCUCUGGGACAACAAGACUAUUGGUGGUAUGGUGAACCAUGAUGAGGGAGUCAUACCUUGGUGGCAUUGGGAUAGGCUUGUGCUCGUGGGAGAUUCUGUCCACAAGGUAGAGUGCUCUGUUAUGAGUCCAUUCCGUGGUGCUGGUGGAUGCUGCGGGAUCGAAGGAGCCAUUUCUUUGGUGAACAAGCUCAACCGAGUACUGAGCUCCAACCCAGACCCUUCAAGGCAAGACCUGAGCGGAGCAUUCACCGCGUACCAAGCCGAACGCGAACCGGCUGCCAGGCUUUGGGUGAACGUUUCGAGAAUUGACAUCGAUCUCUACACGUCGAAAGCGGGACCUGCAUCAAAGGCGGCUACCUUUGCGGAUGGUAGGGCUAUCCCUAUAGCUGCCAACAGCCCGGUUCUGGACAUCCUGCCAUUCCCCGACGAGAAAGAGGGCGUGGUCCCAUGGAAAAGGCAUCCGAAGGCUGAUGGGCAGUCAAAGGGCGUCAAAGCACGCCUGUGA